AAGAAGAAGAAGAAGAAGAAGAAGAAGAAGAAACGCUCCCCCUAAAAAAUCAGGGAAGUGGAAAACCCACCUGUUGGCAUUCAGAAACGGGUCCUCCAAGGCAUUCAGAAAGGGGUCCUGUUCCACUUCUAUGAUUAUUCCAGCUGGCGAUGUAGAGGCGAAGGAAGAAUCGCCCGCUGGGUCAAGGCCUGGCCCCUGGAAGAACACGAGGCUGCUGAUGUUGAGAAUCAGACACAGCUCGCAGUAUCGCAGGCCCCGCACUGCGUUGAUGCCCAGUUCUGGGGUUUCUUGGGUGAGAGGAUGGGUCGCUCUUCCAUGCGAUCAGGUCGUUUUCAAGCAUGCGCUCCCCCAACUCGUGGCACACACCAAGAACACCAGACGUGCCUCAUCAGGGGACCGAUGGCCCUCCACCAGCUCUUGGGCCAUGCCGAGCCGAUUCACCGCGUCCACGACGCGGACAUUGUCUUCGCCCAGCCCAGGAAGAGCAGAUCACCGAUCCGGCACUGCGCUCCUACGUGGAGGAUGACAUGCUGCCUGCGGCUGCGCGGUGGCUGUCCUCUGCAGUGCAGGUGCUGCCGGUCUUGGGGAACCUGAGGCUGAAGCAGCAUUGCGACAUUGUCUCCACGCACAGCGGGCAAUGCAUGCGCGUGGCCGCCGACAACCGGGAGUGUGGUCCAGUUACUAUACCCGUCGAGCAUUUCCAAGAGCAGGAGUAUUGCCCCAAUGGACGGAUCGCAGGGUGUCAGACCUCUCCUGGUGGUACUGGGAUCCCGGACACGGACCUCAUCAUCUACAUCACAGCCUUGCGGACCACCUGGUGCUCCGGCAACACUGUCGCGUAUGCGGCGGCCUGUCGCCAGGCUGAGGAUGAUCGCCCCGUGGCAGGCUAUCUGAACUUCUGCCCUCAGCGCUUGGGUCAGAAUCACUGGCAUCAGGAUGUGGCUGUGGCGCUUCACGAGACCUUGCACUCGAUGGCGUUUUCCUCGUCGCUCUUCCCCUUCUUUCGGGACGCCAGCGGGGCGCCGCGCACCAGCCGCGACCAGUUUGGCUUUCCGCCUUUGAGCGAGGCAGGCUUCUGGGUGGCCAGUGACUCCACCAUCAAGGAGGAGCUGGUCGAUGGACAGCUGCGGCACUUCUUGGUCACCCCGAAGGUGGUGCAAGCAGCACGGCACCACUAUGCCUGCGACCGGUUGACAGGCAUCCCCAUGGAAGAGCAGGGAGGCGAUGGCACUCGCUUCUCCCAUUGGGACGCCCGAAUCAUGCACACCGAGGUCAUGGCAGCAGAGAGCAGCACGGUACCAAGGAUCUCAGACUUGACCUUGGCGCUCUUAGAGGACAGUGGCUGGUACAAAGUGCAUGGUGGCGCUGCAUCAAUAGAUGGCGAUAGCGUGGCGGGUGCCUUUUUCUUCGGCAAGAACAAGGGCUGCAGCUUCGUCGAGGGCCAGUGCAUCAUUGCCCAGCAGAGUGCUUUCCCUGGCACCUUCUGUACAGAGAAUCAGGGGCCUUGCGCAAGUCAGUGGUCAGGAUCCCUCACCUGCUCCCACGAUGCGAUGGCAGUGGGCUUGUGUAGCAACUGCCAGCACACCAACCCGCUCCCUGUGGCCUAUCGCCAUUUCGAGAAUCCUAGGCUGGGUGGCUAUGCCCGCUAUGUGGGUUACUGCCCGGUGGUGGAGCCCUUCUGGUUCUGCAAGGACCAGAGCGCCUACAGCGCCCAUGCAUCAUUUCGCUAUGGAGAGUCCUUGGGCGCCGCCUCACGCUGCAUCUUGUCCACGGCCACCCAGGAAGGCUACACCCAGCCGCAGCGUGCCCUUGGCAGCUGUCGGAACGUCUACUGCGAGGAUGGUGGGGUGAAGAUUCAGAUUGGAGGCCCGGAGAACUUGGUGCAUUGUGCGGCAGCGGAGUCAGGUCAGCCCAAGCAGGUCUAUGGCCAGUUCCGAGGCUAUGUGCUUUGCCCUGACUAUGUGCAACUCUGCGGCGCGGAGGGUGUCCACGGCCCCAAGCGCGAUCAGAGCGACUGCCUCUUCCCGGGGGUGCUGCGGCAUGGCCGCUGCGUGUGCCCCCCUGGAUCUUUGGGCACAGACUGCAGGGUACGGGAUGUGAAGGCAGUGCGCCAGGACUACCCUUUCGGCUUCCGCUAUCCUCAGCUGGUCUUCAACUUGAAGGUGGGUGUGCCGGUCUCGCAGAGCGAGCUGGUCUCCUGGCCGGUGCGGCCCACGCAACUGGAUGGACCCAGCCUGGUGAGCUACCGCGUGGCGCCGGAUCUUCCCUACGGCCUUCUGCUCAGGGACGGGGUGCUGGAGGGAACUCCUUUGGUGCCGUCCGCUCGCCAGACCUAUGUGAUCGAAUGCUUUGGAUGGACGGGUGGCGCGAGCACAGUGAUCUUCAUUUCGGUGGCAUGUGAGGGCGCCUCCUGUGAUGCGACCACGCCCAUCCGUCCGACCACGCCCACGACCACUUCAGCGGGCCCAAGGGCAUCCACCUCCGCAGGCACGGUGCUGGAUGAGAGGAGACCUGCAGUGUUGGUGAUGGCCUUACAGGUGCAGUUUUCCGCCUUGCAGAGGGAUCCAGGGCUGGAGACCUUUGCCCAAGAGAUGCAGGUGGUCUUCCGUCGACUUCUCCAGGUGGAUCUCGCCAAUGUGGGCAUCAGUGCAGCUGCGGACGGCCAUGCAGUCGUUGAGGCCUGGGUGCCGAGACCGUUGCAGCAGCAGCUGGAAGAAGGGCUGCGACAGCAGCUUCAAGAUCCAGCCUCGUCGCUUUGGAGCUCGUCCAUUGGAAGAUACCUGGACUCUGCGAGCAUCACCAGUAUCAACGAAGAGGGUGCAACACAGGUUUGGCCGCCCAAAGAAGAUGCGGCACCCAGCUGGAUCGAUCUCACUGCUUGGCAGGAUUGGUUGACCUCUCAGCCCUUGUGGGUCAAAGUGGCG